AGCGGCUUCUUUAUGUAGAAUUUACGCACUGAUUGUGCCUGAGCGAAAGAGGAAUACGACGUCUUAAAAAUAUAUUAUUACAUCGGCGCUUCCAUCUUGCAAGAGACGACCCUUGAACUAGAAGCGCGAACAUAAACAGUCGGGUACCAAACUACACAUCCCAGACUGCUCGACACACACAGGGUCCAAUCCAAAGUGCACGGUUUGCGCUUGCAGGAUGUAGGUGAUAGUUGACGGCCAAGUUCUUCAGAACCCUGAAGUUUUUAGCGACUUGCACCAUUGGUUUGACUUUCAUUGGAGGCUUUUGGUCCUCGUGUGACUCGCAAGGAUGGCAGACGAAUCUCAAAGAGGCGAGGGGUUGCCAGAGGAUGUAAUGACAGAUGAUUGCAUGACUACCUACACGCACCUAUACAGUCCAGACCUUUUAAAAGAUAAUGUAGCAUUUAUUACAGGAGGUGGGUCUGGCAUUGGAUUCCGCAUAGCUGAGGUCUUCAUGAGGCAUGGGUGUGAUGUAGUGAUCGCCAGUCGAAAUCUUGAACGUCUGACAGAGGCAGCAGACAAGCUAACUAAAGCAACGGGUCGGAGAUGUCUUGCCCUGGCAGUCGAUGUUAGGCAGCCAGACACCAUCAAUGCAGCAGUGGACCAAACCCUACAGGAGCUGGGGCGCAUUGAUAUUCUCAUCAAUAAUGCUGCAGGGAACUUCCUGUGUCCUGCUUCCUCGUUGUCUUUCAACGCCUUCAAGACCGUGCUAGAAAUAGACACCAUGGGAACAUACAACACCAGCAAGGUGGUCUACGACAAGUGGUUGAAGGAUCAUGGUGGUGCUAUCGUAAACAUCUCUGCCACUCUGGGCUACAGGGGACAGGCGCUGCAGGUGCAUGCUGGAUCGGCCAAAGCCGCCAACGAUGCCAUGACUAAACACUUGGCCGUGGAAUGGGGACCCAACGGAGUGAGGGUCAACACUGUGGCACCAGGGCCCAUCUCAGGCACCGAAGGCUACCGCAGACUGGGUGGUCCACAUGCUGAGAACGCCGGCAUGUUCAGCAGCAUCCCUCUGCAGCGUGCCGGGAACAAGACGGAGAUGGCCCACGCAGUGCUCUUCCUCUCCAGCAGGGCGGCGUCCUACGUGACGGGCAGCAUCCUGGUGGCCGAUGGCGGAGCGUGGCUGACGUCGGCCAAUGACGUGCACCGCCUGCUGGGAUUAUGGUCCUCUGAGAUGAAGAGAGAUAAAAAAUAAACAUUUUAUCCUCAAAGAAGAAUGGAUCCUUGUGAUACAACAGGAGAGAACUGUCCAGGCACUUCGGCUCACUCAUGACAUUCCAUACCACAGAAAUCAGUUUGUUACCGUAAUUUACCGUGCCUUGCCUGUCAUAGUAGGCCUGUACUUGCUGACAUGAAAAUAUUGUGGCUGAUGUGCCAGAAGUCUGAAGUCAGAAGUUGUCAUGUAGGCUCUAUGGCCUAUGUGUCUUUCUAGUUAUGUCAAAAAUUAACUUGUGUCUCUAUCAUAAAGUCAGUAUGUCCAUGUUAUAACCCUGUACACUACUUCCUAAAUAUUAAAAGGAAAAAAGAGCAA